GAUGAGGGUGAAACUGCCGUUGCCGGCUGCUCCUGUUUUCCCGCCCCAGCAUGUUGGUGCACUUAUUUCGGGUCGGGAUUCGGGGAGGCCCUGUCCCAGGCAGGCCGCUACUACCCCUCCGCUUCCAGACUUUCUCGGCCGUCAGGUACUCUGAUGGCCGCCACAGCUCCUCCCUCCUCAAGGCCAUGGCCCAGCUCCGCGCCUGCCUCCCUCGAGCUCCGCCAGCCCCCAGCCGGAGCCCCUCUGCCUGGUGCUGGGUUGGGGGAGCCCUGCUAGGCUCCAUGGUUCUGAGCAAGCGUCCCCGCCUCUGCCUUGUGGCCCUGUGUGAGGCAGAAGAGGCCCUUCCUGCCUACGCCAGGCCCCAUGUCGUGGACUCCUACUUUAACUGGGAGCUCUUCUGGCAGUUUCUGCGCCCCCACCUGCUGGUCCUGGGGGUAGCCAUCGUGCUGGCCUUGGGUGCCGCACUGGUGAAUGUUCAGAUCCCCCUACUCCUGGGCCAGCUGGUAGAGAUCGUGGCCAAGUACACAAGGGACCAUGUGGGGAGCUUCAUGACAGAGUCCCGGAGUCUCGGCACCCACCUGCUUAUCCUCUAUGGCAUCCAGGGACUACUGACCUUCGGGUACCUGGUGUUGCUGUCCCAUGUUGGUGAGCGCAUGGCCAUGGACAUGCGGAGGGCCCUCUUCAGCUCCCUGCUCCGACAGGACAUUGCUUUCUUUGAUGCUAAAAGGACAGGGCAGCUGGUGAGCCGAUUGACAACUGAUGUGCAGGAGUUUAAAUCAUCCUUCAAGCUUGUCAUCUCCCAGGGCCUGCGAAGCUGCACCCAGGUGGCUGGCUGCCUGGUGUCUCUGUCCAUGCUGUCCCCACGCCUCACGCUGCUGCUGAUGGUGGCCACACCGGCUCUGAUGGGAGUUGGCACCCUGAUGGGCUCAGGUCUCCGAAAAUUAUCUCGCCAGUGUCAGGAACAGAUCGCCAGGGCAACGGGUGUAGCAGAUGAGGCCCUGGGAAACGUGCGGACCGUGCGCGCCUUCGCCAUGGAGCAGCGGGAAGAGGAACGCUACGGAGCUGAGCUGGAGGCAUGUUGCUGCAAGGCAGAGGAGUUGGGCAGGGGCAUCGCUCUGUUCCAGGGGCUUUCCAACAUCGCAUUCAACUGCAUGGUCUUGGGCACCCUGUUUAUUGGGGGCUCCCUCGUGGCUGGACAGCAGUUGACAGGGGGAGACCUCAUGUCCUUCCUUGUGGCCUCCCAGACAGUGCAGAGGUCCAUGGCCAACCUCUCCAUCCUGUUUGGUCAGGUGGUGCGGGGGCUCAGUGCAGGCACCCGUGUCUUUGAGUACAUGGCCCAGAGCCCCUGUAUCCCAUUGUCUGGGGGCUGCUACAUCCCCAGGGAGCACCUCCGUGGCUCCAUCACAUUCCAAGACGUCUGCUUCAGCUACCCCUGCCGCCCUGGCUUUGAAGUGCUCAAAGAUUUCACUCUGACGCUGCCUCCUGGCAAGAUCGUGGCUCUCGUGGGCCAGUCUGGGGGAGGAAAGACCACUGUGGCUUCCCUGCUGGAGCGCUUCUACGACCCCACAGCAGGCGUGGUGAUGCUGGACGGGCGGGACCUGCGCACCCUCGACCUCUCGUGGCUCCGGGGCCAGGUUGUCGGCUUCAUCAGCCAGGAGCCAGUCCUAUUUGGAACAACCAUCAUGGAGAACAUCCGUUUUGGAAAGCUGGAAGCUUCUGAUGAGGAGGUGUACGCAGCUGCACGGGAAGCCAAUGCCCACGAGUUCAUCACCAGCUUCCCCGAGGGCUACAACACCGUUGUCGGUGAGCGGGGCACAACCCUGUCUGGUGGCCAGAAGCAGCGCCUGGCCAUCGCCCGGGCCCUCAUCAAGCAGCCCACAGUGCUGAUCCUGGAUGAGGCCACCAGCGCACUGGAUGCAGAGUCUGAGCGGAUUGUGCAGGAGGCCCUGGACCGGGCCAGCGCUGGCCGCACCGUGCUAGUCAUUGCCCACCGGCUCAGCACUGUCCGUGGGGCCGACCACAUCGUUGUCAUGGCCAAUGGUCGUGUCUGGGAGGCCGGGACCCACGAAGAGCUCCUGCGGAAAGGCGGGCUCUAUGCGGAGCUCAUCCGGAGGCAGGCCCUGGACGCACCGCUGAUGUCGGCUGCAGCUCCGGAGAAGCCGAAAGGCCCCAGGAACCGCCAACACAAGCCCUGAGAGUGGGUCAUUGCCAUACAUCAGUGUCAGAGCCAGGACUCAGCAGUGGGGGGAGCUCAACAGAGACUGAGCCCCAGGGCCAGCGUGCUGGGGCUUCAGAUGCUGGGGCUGCUCCCCCGCCCCUGCUCACAGUGACACAGUAAAGCCUAGGCCGUGGGGCCGGGCUGGUGGGAGGUUGGGAUCACUCCUCUCUCCUACACCCUAAUGCUAUCCAGGCCCCCAGCUCCAGGGAGUUUUUUAAAAAUCGGGGUCUAGAAGUGGGCCUGGAAAUCCAGACCAAUGCUCUUCCCCACCCUUGCUAGGACCUCACUUCCCUAGGCGGGGCCUGACUCGUACACUCCUGCGUCUCCCUGCCUCUCUGAACCCUGUGAGAAGGAGCCCAACCCUCGGCCCACCCUCAAGCCCACAGUCCCAUCUUCUAAACAACCUUCCUCCGUUCUCCCUACCCCAUUAACAGUCCUGAUCCCUAGAUUUCACCUCCUCACUUCUUCCAAGGGGCCAGAUGCCUAACAGGGCCCAGGUGUAGAGUCCGGGUAGGGGGGCUGGGUGCACAGUGGCCCAUUCCCUCAAGAAGCACCUAGCCUGCCUGGCUGCCUGCCACUCGCCCUGCCUUGUGCUCCCAAGCUUUCACCCAGGGAGAGUGUGGGCCAACCUCCCCACCACACUGAGAGCACCCAGAUAUGAAGGACACAGAGGAGGGACCCAGAACUCUUGCUGCAGGACUAUAGUGCUAACAAAAAAACAACAGGGAGCAGUUAAUGCGAAAUCAAUCGAGGAGCAGUGCUGUCAGACCAGCCUCCCUAGAGUGGUCCAAGAUGCAUGUGGAGAAGGUGGGACUGGAGCCUACCUUGAAACGGGCUGAGGAGACAGCCCGAGUAGCAUGAGCCUGUGGUCCCAAAGCUGUGAAGGAGGCAGAGCUGGGCUCUAGGUGGCUUCUGAGGGGCCUGGAAAGGCACAUGAGAAAGGCCCUUGGACUAAACACUCAUCAGGACCUCAUGUGUCUGUGUGGCUGCAGAUGCACCAGCCCUCCUCACCUACUCCUAGGGCCAGUGGCCUCUAGCCUUGGGGAUGUCCAUGCCACUUCCCACUGUGCACCUUCCCCCAUCCAGUCAUGUCCAGGCUGUGGGACUCCACGGAGCCCUGCUCUCCAGGCAGGGGAAGAGGGGGUGCCCAUGCUGCACCUUCACAGCCAGCCCAGCAUUUUGGAUUCAUUCUGUGACAAAGAAAGGCAGUGCCAUCUUUCUGGGGGUGGUGGCAGCAGUGUGCAGAUGGAGUGGACACGGCUGCUGGGAGGCCAGCCUGGAAGAGGCAGCAGCGGCUCAGGUUGAGUGCAGGAGCCAGGUGGGAUUCACAGCCUCUUGAGAGGAUGGGUGAGGACCAGAUGUACUUUGGGGACAAACCACCCAAAAAUUCCAGGGCCACAGCACCCUUGUUUGAUAUCCUGCUUACUGGCUGAUCAGAGGCUGCAUCUCAGGGCAGCAGGAGCAGAGCCUGGGCUGGCUCCCAGGGACUUCCCGCUAACCCCCCCCACCCCACCCCAGUGCAGCCCAGAGCAGGGCCUCCGCCUUCUGUGGGGCCAGAGGCCCUGCUUGUCUGCCUGACCCGUCCCUCAUGGGGCAGCCAGCCAAGGCAGCUCCUGCUUCACCCGCCCAGCUACCAGGCUCCCUAGAUGCCUACUGACACCAGAUUCUAGGUCUCCUUACAUCUCCAGGGUGGCUUCUCCGAAUUCAGCCUCUUCCACCCCUCCCAGCCAGGAGGGAAGUAGUAGAACCCACCGCCAAUACAGCUCAAGGAGCCACGCCGCCUGCAUCUCCCUGAGCAACGUUCCUCAGCCUGGGCUCCGCCAGCUACUCAGCAGAGACAGAAGCGUGGCUGUGCUUGCUCUUGAAAGUCUGUUUUAAUGGGAUAGGGCUGGCCCGUGGCUCACUUGGGAGAGUGGGGUGCUGACAACACCAAGUCAAGGGUUAAGAUCCCCUUACCGGUCAUCUUUAAAGAAAAAAAAAAGUUUAGACGGGAUAAUCUAUGGUCAAGUACUUAAAAAUCAUAAUGCCGUAGCCUUGGAAAGUUGUCACAUCUGUGACAUGUCAUACCAUGUUAUUCACUCAAUCCUUCCAAAGUAUAUAUUUAUUAAGCACCUAUCAUAGGUCACUGAGACUACACUGGGGAGUGAGGAUGGCCCCUGUCCCCACAAAGCUUGUGGCCUUGUCAGGAAGACGGGCAGGUGGACAGGCAGGUGCAGCACAGUGUGAUUGUGUUUGGUUGGUGGAACUGUUUAUACCACCAAUGGCCAAAAGCCACCAAAAUGAGCCUGGCAGCCUCAAAUGCUUUUUGGAUAGAGAUGGAAUAGAAAUAAACUUAAGUAAAUAAAUUAA